AUGGGUAAGAAUACAAAGAGGAGUCCGCCUUUCGACAUGGCGCCAAAGUUCCCAUCGGAGUUGGAGCAGAGACUCACGAAUGUGAAGGUAAGCUUUGAAUUUGUUUGAAGCAUAAAUUGAUGUUGAAUUAAAUACAAACAAAAUUCACAUGUUAGACAUCCGCAAAGUUUUACUCCGGUCCAGUAAGAUUAGUAGUCUAAACAGCAAAAAAGAUUAUUUUUCUUUGUAAUUUUUUGCCCGAAAAUAUGAAUAUCAUUUGCAAUAGGGGCGAUACGACGCUUUCAUAACAUAAAACAUCCUUCUUGGAUCAAAAUCCAACAUGGUACGGCCAGAAUAUUUGUAUUGCCUGCCUCGCUACCUUCACUUCACAUUUUUUCUUUUGUUUCCAAAAUCGUUUAUUACUUUGGCUAGCUCUGCAAAGCGAAAAAUUUUUGUAAUCCAGUGUGAAUUCAAUUACACAAUUCACAUGAAAAACUUUGCAAAUCCGUAAAUUCCAAAAUUUGAAAAUCUAUUUCUCACCACGAUUUUAUUCAGAACUCCAUUUUCCGCAUUGUCUACCCCAUCCCGCCUUGGCUGUGUUCCACAAUUUUUGUCUCAUCCCUCGCCCAUCAGCUCAUCAAAACACAACCCGCAUCUCUAUUCUCCCUUGACACACUCCAUUCCCUCUACAUUUCCACUGUUUCAACGUUGGCUCCGGUAGUGCUCGCCAAACUCUAUUUAUACGGAUUUGUCUUCCGCUACAAGGCCUGGCUCUUUGAGAAUCCAAAGAAGCCAUCGUUGUUCACAAAAAUAUGGGGCUUCAGUUUCCACCUUCUUAAAAAGCUGAAUCCUCCGAAAUUGAAUACUUGCAAUCAUUUGUUGCCAAAACAACCGGUUCCAGAGUUGCGGAAUACCGUCAACGGAUAUUUGGAGUCCAUCAAACCGAUCGUGGACAAGGUAAAUUUGAGUUUUGGAUAGUCUGACAAGUAUUAAUGCAACGAUGAUUAAACAAAGACACUUUUCAGUCGGAAUACGAUGAGAUCAAGGCCAAGGCUGACUAUUUCCUGGCCAAGGAAGGUCCACACCUACAAAAUUACGCAAAUUUCUUGAGUUGGACUCGACGAAAUUAUAUCAGCGAGUUCUGGGAGAAAUAUGUCUACCUGGCCAACAGGGAGCCCCUCUCGAUCAACAGCAGUGUCGGCUAUGGAGAUGGUCAACGGCCCAAGAAGUGCAGCAUGGCCAGAAGGGGAGCUCAUCAUGUACGCCAUCAAAAUCUCCGUAUUUUACAUUAAAAUUCAUUUUAGCUUCACCUCUUGAUUCUAAAUGUGAUUGCCAUUCAUAAGGAGCAAAUCAGACCGACUGCUGACGGCUUGUGCUACACCGAAUGGCACAAUAGAAUAUUUACGUACAACAGAGUCCCUGGCAAACAUGUUGAUAGAUUCCUGGAUCACGGACUUACACGACAUGUCAUAAUUUUGUAUAAUGGAUGCAUGUACAAGGUGGAUGUGUUCGACCCCAAAACAAACAAAGUUUACACCGUCGCCGAACUUGAGGCGUAAGUUUGAGGGACAACAUGGAAAAAAACAAGACAUUUGAUAAAUUUUAUAAAGAACUAAGAUUCGUAUUUUAGGAUUUUCGAAGACAUUAUUGCCCGAAACGACGUCCCAUCUGAAGUAGAAAGCAAAGUGACUUCAUUGACCCAUGAUUAUCGCGAUAAAUGGGCCGAGAAUCGAGAACGGUUCUUCUUGAAGGACCCAGCCAACUAUGAGUGUCUGCGAGAUGCUGAGACGGCGUUAUUAUCCAUGACUCUGGAUCCAACUGAAUAUGGAGACGUCGACGAUGAUCCUGAUGCCACGAGCGAGUACAUGAAAGUAAGAAACUUCAUUUAUACUGCCUUUAGUAAAUAGAAAAUUUGACGUCAAAGGGUGUAGCGAAUUCCUCAAAAUAACCAACGUUUAUCCCAAUAUUUCAGGUUAUGACCUGUGGCAAGGGCAAUGACCGCUGGAUGGACAAGCCCUUCAACUAUCACGUUACUGGCUGUGGCCGGCUUGGAGGAACGUUAGAGCAUGCUGUAUGCGAUGGCGCUGAAUACAGGACAGUUUGUGAAAACAUCCUCCAUUGCGAAGGGGAAUAUCUUUUCAAAGACGACGCCAAAUUUCCUGAAUACAAAAAGCAUACGAUAAAAUAUGCGGAAAGGAUGAAGGUCAAAGAGUUGCCAGGCAUGCUUGAAGAAGUGAAUCGAUGUUAUGACAUGACUGUAGAACGGACAAAAGAUAUGGAUUUGGCUUCUAUUUUGUUCAGGGACUUUGGGAAGGAGCAGAUUAAAAAGCUCAAGUGCAGUCCCGACGGGUUUAUGCAAAUGGCCAUUCAGGUGAGUAAAGUGAAAUACGACUCAACUUUUACUGUCAAAAUGUAAAAUACGACUUUUCUAAUUUCAGCUAGCCUACUAUCGAGCUCACCAAAAAUUUGUCCCAACCUACGAAGCAGCUUCCUCUCAUUUCUUCGAUUACUCUCGAACAGAGACUCUCCGUACGGUGGGCACCGAGUCCUGUGACUUUGUGGAAGCAGUGAUCAACAAUGAAGAUAUCUGCGAACGAAAGAAGAAGCUCGUGGCCGCGUGUGAAGCUCACACCAUGAAAAACAAGCGGAUUAUGGUGGGAAAGGGAGUGGACCGACAUCUGUUUGUGCUGUAUGUGUUGAGCAAAUACAAGGGGAUGACCUCGGACUUCUUGGAGACAUAUAUCGGACAGAAAUGGACAUUGAGUACUACUCAGGUGAGCAAUGCGGUUGACAGGUUCUGUAGAGCUUUUUGAGAAACUUUAGAGGCCUUCAGUUGUCUCACAAGUACUUCAAUCCAUCAAUAUUUGAAUUUUUCAGCCGCCAAAUGUUACCGGACUUUGCCGGGAAGAUACUGUUCCAGUCGAGUCCUGGAUGGGUGGAGCCUUUGGCGCGGUGGACAAAAAUGGCUACGGAAUUGUCUACAAGUUCUUGGGCAGCCACUCAAUCGGUCUUCAUGUCUCAUCUUAUCACUCAAGCCCAUCGACGGACUCAAAAAUGAUGAGGACUCUGAUUUUGGACGCGCUCAAAGAAAUGGUCGGGUAUUUCGGCGAAUCGCAGUGA